GAAUAAAUCGCACCAUUGAGAGCCAAUCAGAUUGCAAGGAUAGCCAGUGAUUACAAAAUGGAUUUAAUAAACAGAUAUAAUUGUUUGAUGGAGAGUGAAAUAAUUUUUCAAUCAUUGAAAUGGAGCACAAUGCUUAUCAGCGACCAAAAAAAAAUAUUUACAGGGCUAUAUAUUUCCAAAACCAUUAUUGCACCUGAUUGCAUGCAUAACCCCACACACACAAGUAAAAUUUACCUCUACAUCUUCCUUCCUUUGAAGGGCAUUUAAAAUAGGCAUUUAAAAUAGGCAUUGAACUCAUGAACAAAAGAAAUAAUGCUUGACAUCGUGGCCACAAACAGUCCUUCUGGGAUACGGAUGCUAAAAGAUAACAGGAAUUGUAGGUAACAGCGUUUUGGCAGAGUCAUUGUAAUUACAGUAAACAAACUCGCACUGGAAAAUCAUCGGUCAAGGUUAGCUAAUGUUUUCACAUAAAAUUUGUAGCUACACAAGCUAACGAAACAUGAAUCAAAAAUUUCACUGGAAAGCACCAAGGGGAAGUGAAGUAAACGUAUGUCAUGGACGCUUAUGUAAUGAGAAUGUAUUCAUUAAUCACAGAUCACAGAUCACAGAUCACAGAAACGUGAGAAAAUCUCAAAGCUAGACAAGACAACUAAUCGAGCCAUCAAUCUUCAAUGAAAAAAGUUAUGAAAUUGAGAUGGUUUGUUGUAAGCUACAAAUCAAGAUACAAGUAGAAGUCUCACCAUUCACUAUUGCUUUCCUCACGAAGUUCCUUUAGUGGUGGUUCGUAGUCAGAGUCAUCGUGGGAAGAAUCGGUCCUUGAUUUCUGCUCUUGUUUGGCGUUGACAAUGGUUUUAGUUGUUUGAAAGGUCUCCAAGACCCCUUCAUCUCUCAGUUGCCGUUCUACAUCUUUCGCACUUUUUAGUGUCUUUCCACCAGGGUUUGUGUAGCGUAGGUAGACCUUAACUCCCGAGGACGACUCCCUGUCCUCCUGUUUUAUCGUCCAGCCAGCUUCCCUCAACUUAUCCAAAUCUAGUGCAAUUCUGAAUUGUGUUCCAGAACCACGAAUUGCGUUACCUUUAGCCACCUUCGCCGCUUUCUCGCUAGUUUCUCUCUGUUGCUUUUUCAGCAGCAUCACUCCGACUACUUGUUUUUUUAUUUCGUUUUUUUUUCGCUAUAUUCUCUCGCACGUCCUAUCUUUUGCUGGCUUCGAAUGUCAAUUCUCACAUUCACACUGUCAACACUAACAGUUGGAUGCCGUCGCGGGUGCCGUUGCUAUGCAAAGGUGUUAUUGUUUGUAAUUGCUUUUUCUGAUUGGUUUCAUGGGAAAAAUAGCACCCCCUACAAGGAAAAAAGGGCCCAAAGCAGGGCCGUUUUAGGCAAUAUACCGCUGGAAACUAUUAUUUUAGGCAUUUACAAGAUGGCUGCUGAGGAAAACAACGAAAGGAGAGCUUUCUGACUGGUAAUUUUCAGACUAAAGCUUGAUCUCGUGUCUAAAUAAAUGGUAUAAAUAAAUGUGGGAGAUUGUUCAUUUCAUUUUCUUUUUGUAGGUUAAUCGCUGACUUAAAACUUGGCAGACAAAAACUAUGUAUGUGAACGGACUUUUUUGUGCGAGUACGUCAAAGGCCUUUGAAUACAAGACUCGUAGAAGCAUUUCCAUUUUUAUAAGGGUGUGAAAACAUGUCUAGAUGUAAUUUUUUCCCGUUUUCCUUUUGACAUACUCGCACAGAAUUUUAGUUUUCAACUUCGUGCAUAAAUUGGCCAAACCUUUCCAACAUUGAAGGAAUAUUCUUUGAGUUAUUUUGCAAUAAUCAAAAUAAGAGGGUUUCGACCACGCCCAUUUAAAUAUCAAAUUUCAGGGACUACUUUCAUUCUGGCUGAAUAAAAUUAUUUUUUAAACUAAAUACAUAGAACAACGUUUUAGAUGUGAAAAUUUGAUCAUUUUUGAGCUAAUAUUUUUACUGAUUUGAUGCAUGCAAAUAUGGUAGAAAAAUAUGCAAAUUAGCCUGCAGGAAUACCUUAACACGUGUGUCUAAGGUUCUCGUCUAACUGGUAACAUAUGUACAUACAGUCUUAUCCCCGAGGGAAACUUGCACCCUUACAACACGCUCUCAUAAUUAGCAUUUUUAGGUACCCAUACGUAAUCAAGCCCCCUCACAGAAGAAAAAUAGGAAGAGAAAUAUAUGAAAUCUUUCUACAGAGUGAAAAAACUUUUAUUUCUUCGGUUUUAGGUGAGCAGAGUAAAUUUGGGAAAUACACAAGUUUCUCAUUAUACAAGUUGAAAAUCUUGUUACAAUUUUGUUUUGGGAGUGACUUAACUUGGGGCAAUGGUGCAAUAUAAUGGGGUGACGAAACCUGAAGCCCAGUCUUUUUUACAGUCUUUACAGUCUCUCGCUCUUCUGUUUCUCUGUUGUUGAUUCAGUGGUGUUUUAUUUUGCCGCCAACAAAUAUGUCCUCUAUGGAAGUUAGCCGUAGUUAACAGUAAUGAUGCACUACUGUUAGUGAGAAAAAUGAGCAAUUACCUUUACAGAUGGUUUUGGAAAAAUAAAACUCUGUAAUCCAAAACUCAGAAUAUAACAUUGUACACAUGGCACAAGUAUUGAGAAAAAGGUAACCCAGAAAGAAUGAAAUGUGCUUACCAUCCAAGUACAAAAUCUGGCAGCUAUGUGGAUCGAUUUUAUCAUUCUGACGGGAGGAUGUGAAAUACUGAAAACGACCGAGUAUCAAAUGGAUGCACUAUUCUGCCUAGGUGAAUCUCUAUGUCAAGUUUGUCAUCAAUAGCCCUAGGAUUGGUAAUGGCAGAUAAAAGAUUUGUAGAUGAAAAAUUCUGAUGAUGUCUAGCAUAAUCAAUGGAAAAACCAAAAGGAAAGCCAUUGAGUAGGUAUUGCUUAGGGUGAGCAGGGUACCCCUCAAGGUAAAACCGUAAUUUAUCAACUAUAAUUGGUGAGACAGGGUGGGAUGGAGCGGUGGAUUUGUUAGAUGCAAAUGGUCCUGCUCAUCAGGACGCAUUUUUUGGCAGAUUUGAUUGCUGCUGGCUGGGAAAUUUACAGUGGUUUGCAGGAUGUCAAGUUCCACAUUUGAAACAUUCGUGUUUGAAGUUGCAGCCUGAACACUUCUCCCAAGGUGAAAUUUCCAGCAGAAUCCAGACGGAAAGGGCUACUUAGAAUUCUUUUUGGUGCAAUUCUGAGGAAACUGCAGGGGCUGUUCUGUUCAUGUGGUGCGCCUGCAACCACAAUUCCCAAUGAAUUGAUCCCAGGGGAAAAGUGUUUUUUGUCACAAAAAGCGGAAAUUUUCAUCAUAACAGUGUCAGUGAGCGUUCUUAGCGGCCAGGUCCCGCACUGUCUUGCUAUGUUUCCUUAAGGCGGUUGUGUCGUUCGGAAACCAGACAGUAUAAAUCACUACAAAGGUUUGAAAGGCUGUAAUCCAUUGAUCUAUCGUGGCUAUACGUUUUGAUUUUUGUGCUGGGUCAAGAUUUAUGACCUGCCGAUCUGCGGAUGGCGACGCCUGGACGACAAAAUUGUACUUUGAAUCGUUUGCAUAUGACCUCUGUAACAGGUCCCAAAAUCGACAUAUUCGUUUGCCCAAAUUUUUGACUGAAUUUUGUCAGAGAUUCAAGAGGCCAGUGGAACAGCCAUCUGUUUAUGCACAAGCUCGGGCGGGUCAAUAGCGCUGACCAAUGGAUCGGAUACAACAGGUACAUUAUGAGCGGUAAUAUUGCUAUUGUUCUGAUUAACUAAAAGUGAAUUGUGCUCACCCGUGAUGUCCUGAAUCACAGCUGCCACUGACCCCUUUACAGAGGCAGCUUGAUAAGAGUUCUUGCUGGAAUCUGCUGGAACAUCUGAGAAAAUCCCCGCCACUUUUAGACCCUCAAUCACAGCGCCUGAGAUGUUGGCCGCUACAUCCUGUAAUGGUGGAGACUGUUGGAGAGGUUGUGCACUGGUCAGAGAACCUAUUUGAGUUGGCUGGGAUGUGCAACCUCAAGUGCUGGGGACUGGGUCUAGGUAUGCUGGGUGGAUAGUCGUGUUUCUGAAGCUCUCCACAAUUUCAAUAGUUUUUAACGCUUUAUGGCAGAUGCUACUUUAAAUCUUAAAAGGAAAAAGCGUGGAAGCAAUUCCAGUCCCUCCGACAACGAAUUGAGGUCUCCGGAAGAAAAAAGGGCCAGAGAUAAGCCUUUGAACAUUGACUUGGUGUCGUCUUCAGGGAACAAAAUUCCGCAGCAAAUAGGAAUGACUCACGACCUUGGUGCAAAAGUUGACCUCAUUCUUUCUAGUCUUGAAGCAGUAAAUUUAAAACUUGAGUCAAUUAAUGCUGUGGUUGUUAGCCUAGAAGAGAAACUGUGUAAGGUACAGGGCAGAGUGGAAAUGCUCAAACAAGAUCAGGCAAAGUCGAAGGACGCCAUUAAAGAUAUGCAUGAUGGUCUCCAAGCAUUGAAUACCAUUGUUGAAGCAAGUAAGACUGCUGGUGAUAGAGUUGAGAAUUACUGCGAUGAUAAAUACAAGGAUCUACAAGAUCAAUUGUUGUACGCGGAGGUUUAUAAACGGCACGAGAAUCUUCGCUUUUAUGGCAUAGAAGAGAAGACUGGUGCUAAGGAAGAUACCCACUCUGUUCUUUGAGAAUUAUUUGUGCAAGUGCUGGAGAUUCAGUCAGGAGAGGUUCAAAAAAUUGAGUUCCAAUGGGUGCACAGCGUAGGAAAAAUAAAUGCAGAUGGAAAGC